GUUCACGGAUCUCUCGCGCGUGCCGGUAAGGUUAAGUCGCAAACACCAAAGGUUGAUAAGCAGGAGAAGAAGAAAACGCCAAAGGGCCGUGCUAAGAAGCGCAUCUUGUACAACCGCAGAUUCGUGAACGUAACAACGCUCCCUGGAGGCAAGCGGAGAAUGUGA